AUGCCAGCAGAGACCCCACACGAGGAAGGCGUGGAAUCGUCACUGUCCAAGCUCUCACUCGACCCCACCUCCAAGUCUCCCACCAAGAAGUCCAGGUCCAGGAAGCCGUCCAGGAAGGUCGUUGUCGACUCUUGGGAAGAUGAGGAUCUCUCGGGUGAUGAUGCAGAGGAGCAGGUGGUGGAGGAGGAGGUGGAGAGACCCUUGACGGCGACGACCACGACCACGACCACGACCACGACGGGUGCCACAUCCGUGCGAACGCCAAAUGUCCCGUCGCCUCCGCCACCGGCACCCUUCCCACCGGCAUCGUCAUCCUCGUCACCAGGUCCGGGCCCCAGCACCGCACGGUCCAGGCCCCAGGCCACCGACUUGGAGCGCAGACCCGAGAAGACGGACGCCGUCGCUCGGCGCAUGAUCGCCGCCGGGCUGGGGCUCAAGAUGCCCAAGCUGACAGAGGAGCAGAGAGGGUACCAAAAGUCUGUCAGGGAGCAGGAGAGAAAGAGGAGGGAUCAGGAGAAGGCUGCAGAGCAGAGACGUAGAGAAGAAGCAGAGCGCGCCAAGGCUUCCGUGUGGGACGAUUGA